ACCAUUGUGUUGGCUGUACUGCAUCGUACAUCGAUCAAAAUCCAUUCGUACGUUCUUCACAGUGAACGGCUGUAGAAAAGUCAAAGUAAAUUGAGCUCUUUCUUUCUUUCCGUUUCCGUGACAGUGUUGAAACACAGCAAAAAUGAAGGCUAAAGGACAGUUGAAGGAGUACGAGGUUAUCGGCCGUAAAUUGCCAACCGAAAAAGAACCAUCCACUCCGCUGUACAAAAUGAGAAUUUUCGCACCGGAUAACAUUGUAGCCAAAUCACGGUUCUGGUAUUUCUUGCGUCAAUUGAACAAAUUCAAGAAAACCACCGGUGAAAUUGUUUCAUUGAAACAAGUCUACGAAACCUCACCAACCAAAAUCAAGAAUUUCGGCAUCUGGUUGCGUUAUGAUUCGCGUUCAGGUACACACAACAUGUACCGUGAAUACCGUGAUUUAACCGUUGGUGGUGCAGUUACACAGUGCUACCGUGAUAUGGGCGCUCGUCAUCGUGCUCGUGCUCAUUCCAUUCAAAUCAUCAAAGUGGAACCAAUCGCCGCCGCCAAAUGCAGACGUGUUGGUGUUAAACAAUUCCACGAUUCAAAGAUCCGAUUCCCACUUGUGCAACGAGUACACCACCGAGGAUCGCGUGCAUUGUUCUCAUACCGUAAACCACAAACCUACUUCUUGUAGACAUCGUAAUAAUUUUGCUGUUUGUUAUCUCAUCAUGGUCGCGAUGUCAACGUGCGUAUCAUCCAUAAUGGCAACACACAGACAAAUUUUUUUUUUCUAUUUGUUUUCGCAUAACAUUUUUCUUACAAUGAAGGAAAACAACAAAAAAAAACUAUACACAUACACGCGCAUACAACACCCCAACAAUCAAUCUAAAGUUGCUGGAAAAAAUGAUGAUGAAAACAAUGAAAACAAAAUAAAUUUAUGAAAAAAAAAACCGAAAAAAAACUC